GGAUGCGACCCGGAUUUUCUUGCUUUCUUUUUCUUUUCUCGUCUCGUCCUUUCCGUGCCCUUUUGGGAUGGAGAAAUUGAAGACGGUCAGUAGGGGUAAGUAGCAUUUCCAUUUAUAAACAGACCCUCCAAGAAGCCAAGAAGAACAGCACACAGGCCUCAGUUCAUCGAGAGAGACAUGGAAGAGGAAACUGAGGCCCUGGAGGAGAUGGAGAGAGAGCUCGAGGAGAUGAGGGAGUGUUACAGGAGCGGGAGGACGAUGGAGGCCUCUUGGAGGAAGUCACAGCUCAAAGGGUUGCUUCGACUCCUCAGGGAAAGAGAGGAGGAGAUCUUCAGGGCCCUCCAUCAGGACCUGGGCAAGCAUCCUGCGGAGGCCUACAGGGAUGAGAUAGGAAGCUUGAUAAAGUCUGUGAACUAUGCAUUGGACGGCUUGAAAAGAUGGAUGUCCGGCAAUAAGGCUAAACUGCCAAGAAUCGCAUUACUCACUACUGCGAAGAUUCUUCCCGAGCCUCUUGGUCUAGUGCUGGUAAUCUCAUCCUGGAACUUUCCAAUCGGACUAUCCUUGGAACCGCUGAUAGGAGCGCUAGCUGCAGGCAAUGCCGUGGUUUUGAAACCUUCAGAGUUGGCUCCGGAAUGCUCUUCUCUUCUAGCCAAUGCUAUUCCUUAUUAUUUAGACGACAAAGCUGUGAAAGUCAUUCAAGGUGGUCCUGGCAUCGGAGAACGACUUCUGCAUAAAAAAUGGGACAAAAUAUUCUUCACAGGGAGUGCCCGGAUAGGACGGAAAGUCAUAGCGGCAGCAGCGGAGCAUCUAACGCCCGUUACUCUGGAGCUUGGUGGAAAAUGCCCUGCCGUGAUAGACACUCUCUCCAGCUCUUUCGACAGAAAGGUGGCUGUGCAAAGAGUUCUUGGGGCGAAAUUUAGUUUCUCAGCGGGACAAGCAUGCAUUGGAGUGGACUAUGUCCUAGUGGAGAAGAAAUUCAGUUCCGCUUUGGUUGAAUUGAUGAAGGUGGUGAUGAAGAAGAUGUUUGGGGAAAGUCCAAGGGAGUCGCAAAGUGUUGCGAGAAUCGUGAAUAAGCAUCAUUUCUUAAGAUUGCGGAGCCUUUUACUCGAUCCUCUGGUCAAAUCUUCUAUCGUCUACGGGGGAUCAAUGGAUGAAGAGAGCCUGUUCAUUGAGCCAACGAUCUUGAUGGAUCCUCCACUUCAAGCGGCAAUCAUGAUGGAUGAAAUCUUCGGCCCAUUACUUCCCAUUGUAACCCUGAACAAGAUAGAAGACAGCAUCGAGUUCAUAAACUCAAGGCCUAAGCCGUUAGCCAUCUAUGUCUUCACUAAAGACGAGCCGCUGAGGAGGAGCAUGGUAUCGAAGACAUCGUCUGGGAGCAUCGUAUUCAACGAUGCAAUCAUUCAGUAUCUAGCCGAUACUCUCCCAUUCGGUGGAAUUGGUGAGAGCGGGAUGGGCAGAUAUCACGGGAAGUUCUCCUUCGACACCUUCAGCCACCAAAAAGCAGUGGUGAGAAGAAGCUUCCUCGUCGACUUCUGGUUCAGAUUCCCGCCUUGGAACGAUCACAAGCUGCAGCUCUUCCGGUCGUCAUAUCACUAUGACUACCUCGGGAUCGUUUUGACCGUGCUGGGCCUGAAGAGGACGAACAGAGCCUCGAAAGGCAUCUAGACGUCUAACCGAGCAUGCCUGCCAUGUCCAAUGAAGCAUCCUCGUUAAUCUAAAGAAGAUAAUUCCAUAUAUGGCAUCAACUGGCUGCGUUUGCAAGGCUUCCGGCGUCCCGUAUCUUUCACUGAAUAUGUAUGGUGCGACCUUCUACCACUUGAGAAUUAUGAAGAGAUUGCUUUAUACAUGCGCGAGGAAGAGGGUUGCUUUGUCAUAGAUUCGAGCUUUGUUUAGAAGAUCGUUUCACGUACCAAACUCCUGCUGUCUCAAAGAUCACGAACCAGAUCCUCUAGUUCCGAGUUCAUGUACUAUUCCACAUUGCGAAAGCACGUGUUCAUCGAGUUUAGCA